CCUUAUUUCCAUGAGUCCUGCAAACCGGCCACAAGCUUCACCAAUCACAAGCCGCGUCCAGCACAUGGUCUCCAACCAUGACCCUUUCACAGGAUUACGAAGAAGUGCAGCGUACCCCCCUCUCUUCUGAAGACGAUGAAAUAGACAUCGGUGGAGGAGACCACAGUGAUAGUGACCGAGAGUAUUUCAUCGUGCCUUGCAAGGACCCCACGGAGGCGGACCACUCAGGGUCCGAGUCUUCCGGAGAGAGCGAGAGCAGCUUCUCCACCGCGUCCGCUCCGAAGCAGACCUCCGCCGUCAAACCUCCCUAUUCCUACAUCGCCCUCAUAACCAUGGCGAUCCUCCAGAGCCCGAUGAAGAAGCUGACCCUCAGCGGCAUCUGCGACUUCAUCAGCAACAGGUUCCCCUACUACAAGGAGAAAUUCCCCGCGUGGCAGAACUCCAUCAGACACAACUUGUCACUCAACGACUGCUUCAUCAAGAUCCCACGAGAGCCUGGAAACCCGGGAAAAGGGAACUACUGGUCCCUGGACCCCGCAUCUGAGGACAUGUUUGACAACGGCAGCUUUCUGCGCAGAAGGAAAAGAUUCAAGAGGAACCAACUCGAGUUCACUCAAGACAACCUGCUGCUUUUCCAUCCAGCGUUAAGUUAUCGAGCAUAUGGACGUCCUUACUGUGUUUCUGGGCCGGUUCCAGCCCAGGCUAAUCCUAUUGGAUAUUUGCCAGUGCCGGAUGGCAUCAUGGUGCCACCUCUAUAUUUCCAGUAUCAGACACUGAACAUUAAGGUCCAUGAAGCUCCAGAAAUCCAGCAAAGGCCCGAGAACAAAACCCAGAAGUGUUCGUUCAGCAUUGACAGCAUCAUGGCCAAAUCAACGGCGUCUUCUCACAAAAACUCUGCUAAUCAUCUCACACCAGACUACAGUUAUGUAUUUCCCAGACCGACAUCAUGUGUGACUCCAAGUUUGUUACCAGUGCCAACAAGAACUCCUGAGCUGAAGACUGUUCCUGUCAUAGACACUCUGCGGAGGGUGUAUCCUCCUCACUGCUGAACUGUCCGGAAAACUCACGAACUCUUGUCAUUUUAGACUUGUAAUAUAAGAUAUUUCUGUCAUUGCUCUUAUAUGAUAGUUUUAAUGUAAAUUAAUAAAUGGUAAUAUAUUUGUUAGUCUAAAAUCCUGGAAAGUGGAUGUAUUAAAAUGUCUGUUUAAAUAAACCAUCAGCGACAAA